AUGAAGUUGGACACCAGAGCAAUGCGCCAUCUGGCGGCCGAGGACUGGCGAGUCCUCACAGCCGUCGAGCAAGGCAGCAAAAACCACGAGAUCGUGCCCACCCCCCUCAUCGAGAAACUCGCCCGCCUCCGCGGCGGCGCCAGCGGCGUCCACAAGAGCAUAUCCGCCCUCGCAAAGGUCGGCCUCAUCGCCCGCGUCAAGGAGGCCAAGUACGACGGCUACCGCCUCACCUACGGCGGCCUCGACUACCUCGCCCUGCACACCCACGCCGACCGCAAGGCCGUCUACAGCGUCGGCAACCGCAUCGGCGUCGGCAAGGAGUCCGACAUCAUGGUCGUCGCCGACCACUCCGGCAAGCAGUGCGUCCUCAAGAUCCACCGCCUGGGCCGCAUCUCCUUUCGCACCGUCAAGUCCAACCGGGACUACCUCAAGAAUCGCAACGCCCAGUCGUGGAUGUACCUCUCGAGGCUCGCCGCCAUGAAGGAGUACGCCUUCAUGAACGCCCUGCAUGAGGAGGGCUUUCCCGUACCAGUACCGAUCGCACAGUCUAGACACACCAUCGUCAUGUCUCUGAUAGACGCAUUCCCCCUCCGACAGAUAAGCGAGGUCCCCGACCCGGCCUCUCUCUACGCAGACCUCAUCUCCCUCCUUCUCCGCCUGGCAAGCCACGGCCUGAUCCACGGCGACUACAACGAAUUCAACAUCCUGGUCAAGGAGAUCAGAACAAAGGCCGAGGAUGGCACAGAGUCCGUCAAGCUCGAGCCAGUUAUUAUCGACUUUCCACAAAUGGUGUCCAUGGAGCAUGUCAAUGCCGAAAUGUAUUUUGACCGAGACGUCAACUGCAUCAAGCGGUUCUUUACACGGAGAUUCCAUUUCACACCGACACAACCAGGGCCCUUUUUCAAAGACGCAAAGAAGACUGUUGGAAAAGGCGGUCUGAAAAGAUUAGAUGCUGCCGUUGAAGCGUCGGGCUUCACCAAAAAGAUGCUGAAAGAUCUGGAGGCGGCCAUUAAAGACAAGGAGGGAGACAAGGAGGGGCAAGAGGGGGCAAAUGAGGACGGGGACGAUGACGAUGAAGAGGAUGAUGGUGAUGAUGAGACAGAUGGACAGCCUCUGCUGAGCGAUGGGCUGUCCGGGGGUCUCUUGCAAGAGGAGCCGAGUAUAGACAAGGCCAGCAGCGAAAUGGCCAAGCUAGCAGUGUAGUUGUUGGUU